UGACCAAUCCAAUCCUUUCUUUCUGGUGAUUAUUAGAACUCGGCAAACUUGAAACUGGGACGGAGCUAUGCUUUCAGAAGAAUCCUAGGGGUUGCCAUUCUUUUGAGCCUUCAGUAAUGCAGCUUGUGAGUUCAUAGGCAGUGAGAUCAAGCAGCCUGGGCACCGUCAACUAUUCCUUCUUUGGUAGUUAAGCUACAACAAGGCAAAGACCACAUUAGCACCAGAUUACAGGACAAAAGUCUUCUCAGGAAGCUGCAGUUUAAGAUCAGCUGUGAUCUUAAGCUAAAGACUUGUGUUCUGCUUCAUUCUGAGAGUGCUUGGACAAAGACAGCUGCUUGUGGUGGCAAAAGGAUUCAAAGGUGGUGCCGAAGUUAUGAUGGCUAUCAUCUUAGUUUCCCCUGCCUUAUUGAGCUAAUCCUUCAACCAACCGGAGCACAUCGAAAAGGAGAGCCUUACUGGUUGCAGAGUAGCAGCAGCAGCAGCUGAUCACCAUGAAUGGCUUUGGAGAUCGACCAAAGAUGUGGAGUGACAACACAACUCCAUCAGGAACAAAUGACAAGGAGGCUGCUUUCAAGGACUUGAGCUCGUCCAUGAAUGCUCUCUCCUUUGGCUUCAUUGCAACAGCAAUCUUGGUAUCCAUGUUCCUCGUCAUGGCGAUCUUCGAGCAUUUACUCAGAUCAAGGGCCUCUCACCCACCAUCUCAAACCAAUGCUCAUGGACACCUGGAGAUGCGCCAAGAACAGGAUCAGAUGCCUCCAAAGAUGAUCAAGAACUGGCAAAAUGUGGCAACUUCAAGCACAGUUGACUUCUCAGUCUUGAUGCCAGGGCAACUCUAUCCAACAUACCUUGCUCAACCGGCUCCUCUCCCUUGCCCAAGAGAAGGGAUCAUUUGGCCUUCUCAUGACCACCAUGCCUUCGCUUCUCCCUAGCUUUCAAUUCCUCCUUGAUCCAUUCAGAUCUUGUACAAGCCCAUAUGCCCCUUGGUCACUUGUCAAAAUGUACUUCUCCCCUAUUGAUUUAUCAACAAAGUUCAGCUGUUCAUCGGUGUGUGCCCUCUCAA